AUGAGCGGACACGAGAAACCCCAGUUUACCCGACCAUUACCAGCCAUGCCUGCUACUCCACGAGCACGAACACCAGUUCCAACAAAGGAGAUAAAACCAAUAAAAAACCGAGAUAGAAAGAGAUUGAAGAAGCAUACUGCCAAAAAGUCAGCAGACCGUCUAACUUUGUCAUCUUCUUCAUCUAGCGGUGGUCAAGAUGUUACUCCAAAGCGUGCUUCCUCCAAGUUUGGGGAUCCAGAUAUCACCCCUCGACCUCUUAACAUUACGAAAGCUCUUCCAAUGGAUCCACCUACCAACAGAGAUAGUGUUGAUCUUCAAGUCCGAGAUACGAUGCAAUCUCGUUGGUCAACUUCUACAUCCGACGUUGCAAGUGGUGUCUCCAGAAAGGAAUCAAAGAAAAAGAUCUUUGGAAUCACAAUUCCUUUUAAACGAAGAGUUAAGAGCGAACAGAUGCCUGCUAGGCUCAAAAUUAGUUCUGGAUUCUUCGGAGGACGAUUCGCUGGAAGCAAGCUCAGCCUUAGUCUUUCCAGUCCUAAAUACAAUACCAACAAUGCCGCGGAGCGUGAACGUGAACGCCAAUGGCAGAGCUCUAGAGCUUCUUCGACAAUGACUGUUCAAGGGCAGGACGGGGCGCUCUCGGAUGAUGAUACACCAACAAACCACUACCGCUUCGACAAUAAUAAAGAUACAGAUGAACAAACAUUACGAUCUCGUAUACCUCAACGACGUCACACACUCACAGGAAGCCUCCUUGGGCUGUCUGGCACCAUCCCUGACUAUGGCUUAGCUAAAACUCCACCCCAUCAUUCAUCUACAUCAGUCUAUUCUUCUAUCCAGCCUGACAAUAGAGCCUCUGUGCAAGACGUUCUUUCUCUGUUCCCGAAGCCACCAAAGAGAGAUAGUGCAAAUGUCAUGCAGAUGAUUAACAGGAAUAGUGGAAUGUCCUAUCUACCUGAAACCAAUGAGUAUGUGCAAGGGCAGCCGACUCGAGGAUUUAGCAAUCCGCUUCCGGUUAACCUGAGGGCUUCUUAUCUUCAACUCCCCAAUCAAUGGCAGGCGGGAAUUUCAACUAGCUCAGAGUCUUAUCUUUCACAGUUCAGUGCCCAAGCUCAGGGCCUGGACCCAUAUACGACUCCAAUGAAGAGAAAGCCUAUGGAUUUUCCGACUUCGGAACCUAAAUCUAUAUUAUAUACUACCUCCCACCGAAAACCUGUUCUUACUCACCUGGACCUUCAAGUCACGGCCGAUAUCGAUACUAUUGAGGUUGCAGAAGAAAGAGAAAUUUGGCUUGUCGUUGAACUAAAUGGAAGUCUUGCAAACAACCGAGAUAUCGCACACUCCGAGGUUAACAACCUGGAUAUUUUGUUUCUUCUUGAUCUUUCCCAAAACAUGUCCGAUCAGGCAAUGACGACGAUGAAAUCGACCGUCGGUUACAUCCUCGAGAACAUUUCGGGAACUCGCUGUGAUAAUUUCGGUAUGGCGGCGUUCACGAGCACAUCCGCUUGCGAAGUUCUCAUGCCUAUGAUGCCUUGUACCCACCAAGCGAAACACCGCGCAUUCUCUCUCCUCCACAAUGCACAUACGACUACCGAUCCCUUUAUAUUCGAAAAUUCCAUUUCUAACGUCGUCCGUGCUGCUUGUUCGAUGUUCAUGCCUGGUUUCCAAGGGAAAAACAAGAACCUUAUAAUUCUAAGUUCUGCAGUUCCUGCAAACCAAAGUAGUAUGGCAGAUGUUGGCGGGUUUGAAGACGUUAGAAUUCACGUUAUUGGCGUUGGUUGUGUCUAUUGGCCCAUUAGUGAGGUUAUAUACGCAGAUGCUAGAGACGGCGGUGGAGGGUUUUGUUUUCCAACUUCGAUGAUGGAUGUAACAACGCUUGAAGACGACCACUCCACAAAACUUCAGGCCGUUAGCCGUCGUUUCGUUCGAGCUUUACGGAGUGCCGAAAGCAUUGGGAUGAUGCGGGAUAUUACUGUUACGCUUACACCGGCCCAGAAUACAACAAUCAAAGCCAUCAUUGGAAAAACGGCUCUUAAAACCCUUCGACCCGGCGAACGUGCUACAAUCAUGGUUCGUAUGGAGGUCACUUCCAUCUACCAAAGACACCAUUCAAUGAGCGAAGAUGGGCUGGAAGCUCUCGAAGAAGGGUUAUAUGCUACAUUGGGCAUGGAAAAGAUGAAGAUACUCCAGGUGGAUGUUGGGUACAAACAUAGUUUGUUACCAGCAGGUACAAUUCUGACCACUACAGCUACAGCAGAGGCAACAAUUAUUACAAAGGAUUCACCGUGGAAUUUAAUGUACUCUGGAUCUUCUCGGACUUCAUCAGUGUAUGAAUCCGAUGGAGUUGGUCGCCAUAAAUAUCGAGCUCCGCAUUUACUAGGGAAUGUUUCGCCAACUGCUCGACAGAAUUUUGUGAGGAAGGCGUUGAUUCAGAAGGUUGUUAGUGAGCAUAAGAAUCCGAAGGAUGCGUUGGUUGCUAUUGAGAAUAUUGCGAGGACUACGGAGGAGAAGGACCUGGAUUAUUGUAAUGUGGUAAGGGAGUUGAGGUAUCAGAUUAGGAUUUGGAAUGGGAGAAGGAGAGGGCGGGUUUUAGGGUUUGGAAGUGGAGUUGGAGGUGGAGGUGGGAGCGAGGUUGAAUUUCAGGGGAUGGGGAUGACGGGGUUUAGGAUUUCGUCCGCCCCUGGGAAGAUGGCUGAAGCAGAAGAAAAAAAGUUGAUCCGACCGUUUAGUUUCGAAGGGAAGACGGAGGAAAGUUUUUUAGCGGAAGAGGAAGGAAAACAAGAGGAAGAAAGACCAUCGACACCGGGAUUAACGAAUGAUAGUAAUAGUGUUGAAGGAGAGGUUGAAAAAGUUGGAUAUGCUGUUAGUGGGUAUGACGAUGAAGAUACAGAAAUGAGUGGAAGAAAGUUUGAAGGGGAUAGUCAAGUUGAUGGUAGCAGUCCUAUGACUGUUAUGUCAUUUGAUCAACGGCGACGACAACUGCAACAUCAACGACCGGAUGAUUCUGCGACUAGAUUGUGGAAGAGGAUUGAGAGAGCUGGGGAGGGGGGAAGUAUUGGGGGUGGUAGUAGUAUUGGGGUUAGAGAUGAUAAUGAUGAUAAUAUUUUGGAAGGGAUUGAAGGGUUGAGGGUUGUUGAUGAUAAUGGUGAAGGUGGACAAGGUAACCAGAGGAGGAAAGGGAAGAAGGUAGAAGGGGUUGGUAUUGGUCUUGAAGGAGGAGAUGGAGGGGAGAUUACGAAGGUUGUUAGUCCGGUGGGGACGUUGAGAGAUGUUAGGGAGACGGAGUUUUCGCCGUUUAUGAUUUAG